ACCAUCCAUUUUUCUCGUCUAUGAGAAUCUUAGCUUUUAUCUUUUUUAAAUUCACACGCCAAACCCGUCUCUCCUUUUGCUUAUUUUACAAAAGCAAGAGAUCUCAGCAUCUGCAGCAGCAACAGCAGCAGAAGAAAAAACUAGAGACAGAAAAAUGGCAAAGGAUAGGAAAAUAGGUGUGGCCAUGGACUUCUCAAAGAGCAGCAAGAACGCUCUGAAAUGGGCCAUAGAUAAUUUGGCUGACAAAGGUGACACCCUUGUCAUCAUCCACAUCAACCCCAACUCCCUGGAUGAGUCUCGUAACCAGCUUUGGGCCAAAUCCGGCUCUCCUCUUAUUCCUUUGACGGAGUUCAGAGAGCCCGAGGUUAUGAAGAAGUAUGAUGUUCAGACAGAUAUCGAAGUCCUUGAUACGCUUGACACUGCUGCGAGGCAGAAAGAGGUGAGCAUUAUCACAAAACUGUACUGGGGAGAUGCUAGGGAGAAGCUUGUAGAAGCUGUUGAAGAUCUGAAGCUGGACUCUCUGGUUAUGGGAAGCAGAGGACUUGGUACCAUCCAAAGGAUCCUGCUGGGGAGUGUGAGCAACUAUGUGAUAACCCAUGCUCCUUGCCCUGUGACUAUCGUCAAGGAUUCAAGCUCUGGCCAGCCCUGAUUUUGUCAUUGGCUUUUUGGUUUUGAGUGCUCUUUAAUUGCCAGUACCAUCAGCAGUGCUCCUGAGUUUAAGAUAUGUUUAUAUGUAAUCCUCUGAUCUCAGUCAUAAAGAAUAUUGUAGUUUGAUAAAACAAAAUACUAAUAUUUUGCCAUUUUGUUUUCCUGUAA